AUGGAAGUUUGGUUACCAGUGGAAGACUUACUAGUUUCCAAUAUUGGGCGCAUCAAGAACAAAAAAGGUAUAAUUUUAAGGCCAGGUGUUUGCAAAAGGUCUGGUUAUGUACCAACAGUUUUUAGGAUUAAUGGUAUACGUAAACAUACCCGUGUUCAUAUUUUAGUUGCACGAGCCUUUGUCCCUAAUCCAGAAAAUAAGCCUUACGUUAACCACAUUAAUGGCAUCAAACAUGAUAAUCGGGCUGUUAAUUUGGAAUGGGUAACUCCUAAAAAGAAUGCUGAACGUAAGGUAUUCCCAAACCGUGGUCGUGGUAAUUCUAGGUGGAUCGUACAGAAAGCAUUAUAUGGGGAAGUUAUUCAGAUUUGGAAUUCUAUUCGCCUCGCUGGUAAUACGCUUAAAAUCGCAGAAAAUAACAUUUCGGAAUGUUGUAGCGGAAAGCGAAAUACCGCCGGUGGCUGGUGUUGGAUAUAUUAUGAAGAUUAUAUACCACAGGAUCCUAAUGAAGAAUGGAGAGAAAUAGAAUAUAAAUUACGAAAGUUCAAAGUUUCAUCUCUAGGGAGAAUUCAGUUAACGAAUGGUGCAAUCACCCAAGGAUCAUUAUACGAAGGAUAUUUUCGAUUCAACCAAUAUUAUAUUCACCGUUUGGUAGCAUUAGCGUUUUGUUCAAAAGAAGAAGGCAAAGAUUGUGUAAAUCAUAUUGAUGGCAAUCGUACCAACAAUAAAGCAUCCAAUCUCGAAUGGUGUACACAAAAGGAAAAUACCCAACAUGCCGUGUGCUUUAAGCUUUGGGGUCACUGUCGCAAACGUGCCACCAAGCAGAUUUUCGAUGAUGGAUCUUUCCGAGAAUUUCCAUCCUUAGCUGAAGCACAACGCAUAACUGGAAUUAAAAGUCAAAAUAUCGGACUAGUAUGUCGAGGACUUCAAGCUCAUGCUGGAGGAUAUCGUUGGGAGUAUGUAAGCACAAUUUCGCAUAAUAAUCAUGAUGAUUUUUCACAAUAA